UUUCGAAGUUAUUUUCGGUAAUUAUUGUUAAUCGUGUCGGUUUUAAAAGACUGUUUAUGUGAAGAACCCAUUUGGGCCGCCAUGAGUCACGAGGAUAUAAGAGGACAGGUGAUGGAACUCAUGUCCCAAAAGGAUAAAAUAGAAAACGAAAUAAAAGAGUUGACUGCAGUUUUGACGCAAAGCGGAGUAGGCAUGAAAGAUCCUUUAGUCGACUCCGAGGGGUAUCCCAUCAAUUCGAUCAACGUGUACCAAAUCAGGCACGCGCGGCACCGCAUCAUCUGCCUGCAGAACGAUCACAAGGAGGUGAUGAAGCGGAUCGAGAGCGGUUUGCAUGGAUAUUACGCUACAACUUCGACCGAACUGGCUCCCGAUAGACCUGCUAAGAUGGAUAUCGCUACUGAAGACGAGAGCGUGGUCUACAAAACGCCUUUCGCUCGAAUCACGGUGGUUAGUGAUAAUUCGCCGGCGUAUUUCGCCGAUUUUCAAGUCAAUGAUGAAUUGGUUGAGUUUGGAUCUGUGAAUGCUUCGAAUUUCAAGAGCGUCACUGAUAUAGCGACUGUCGUGCAGCAUUCUGAGGGGAAUAAGUUGAACGUUAAAUUGAAAAGAGGGAAUAGGUUUUUGGUUGUUCAGUUGACGCCUAGAAAGUGGCUGGGUCGAGGUUUGUUGGGGUGCAAUAUCGCUCCUUUGUAAUUGUUUAUUUUAUGCUUGUUUUUUUUUUUUAAAUAGAAAUUUAUGAUUA